AGGGGAGGAUCACGGAGUCUGAGAAGUAUAAACUUUCUGCUCUGGUAACAAACUGUCAGCAUCUCAGAAGCUUCUCUUUGCUGUUAACCAUGGUCUUCUCAAAGACUCCACUGGGUUUGGUUCUCUUAGCCAUGUUGGCAAUGGUGACUGAAUCCUCAUGGGGCAAUGGGAAGGGAAAUUCCUAUAAUUACGACCUUUCCAAAAUGUCUGACCUGAGGAAACUGUACAACUCCAAAGUGUACAAAGCUGAGAGGAUGACCAGACCUUUGGAGGGGAUGUCUUUCAAAUUAGGCAUAUUGAGCCACUCUGGAGUCAGGUCUUCUUCUGGUCCUGCUUUUAGAGUGACUCUGGAAGAUGGCACUAAAUGGCUGGUCCAUAAAGGAGAUGGCUACGGUAUCUCAUCUCAGACCGUUGUUGUGGAUGCACGUCAUAUGAGCAAUAAUUGGAAAAUUGUUGAGACGAAAAAUUUUGGUGGAAGCAAGACAGUGUCUGAUUUUGUGAAGGCUGGAGGAACGGACUACAAACUUAUCUUUGAUAACUGUCAUGAUGCUUCUGGACGCAUGAUGGAUGGUUAAAUUCAUAAAUGUAGUUAUAGUAACGUUCAUUAACUACAUUGCAUGUGUUGCAUGUUGUGAAUAGAGUAUCACUUUACUAAUUUGUAUUAAUUAGACAACACAUGGUGAAUUGUGACACUUACUGUUACUAUGUUGCUUUAAAAAAAAAUAUGUAUAAUUUUGCUUUAGUGUGAUAUAUUUUUUCCAAAUUUUGAAAAGGAUAUCUUAAGAUCUUUCCUAGAUAAAUUUCCUAGAAAUCCAAUAACCUUAAUAAAUAAAAAAUGUUGCUGCAGAGGAGAGAGGUUGAUGUGUCCUUCCAUUUAUCUAUAAGUCUUAACUCUGUUUGAAUUCAAAAUGCUGUGGAACAUAUGUAGAAUUCCACUUUUAGAAUUCCAUAAAACACAAGAGCACAAGAGAGUACACUCCCUGAACAGUAGCAAAAUGGAAUAAUAGGAGGCAGAAAACAUUUGGUUUAACACAAAUGCAUUGGUCAUAGAGAGAGAGAGAGAGAGAGAGAGAGAGAGAGAGAGAGAGAGAGAGAGAGAGAGAGAGAGAGAGAGAGAGAGAUCGAGAGCCAACACCUGUCUUUAGGUCUGGAACAUU